UUUUCUCUGUCAAACAUUUUGCGCAGGGAAGUUUUCUUGUUUGAAAAUAGCGUGUCGAUCCUUGAACUCUGGUAACAAUAUUGGGCAAAAGAGCCUGUCAUUGAAAAUUGCAUCUGAGCGAGUUGAGUUGUUAACGUUAGAGAGAAUUUACUCCAAGUUUUGUUAUGGGCCAACAACAGAGUGGAGGGUCUGGAGGGGGUGGCGGAGCUGACGGAGACAAGAAAGACAAGAAGAAGAAAUAUGAGCCGCCCGUGCCAACACGUGUGGGCAAGAAGAAGAAGAGAAUGAAGGGCCCUGACACUGCUAACAAGUUACCUCAAGUUACACCACACACAAGAUGUCGCCUCAAAAUGCUUAAGCUGGAGCGCAUAAAAGAUUUCUUACUCAUGGAGGAAGAAUUCAUCCGCAACCAAGAGACACUCAAGCCUCAGGAGGAGAAGGAAGAG